AACCACUCAAGCCAAUACACCAAGUAAAUAUCAAACCCUCUAUAACAAUAAUACUGUUACUCAUUACAUCUCAGAAGUGUCCUGUAUUAAAGGACAAAUCUAAUCAAAUGGGGGGGUGAUUGGGACCGUGUGUGUGCGUGAGUGCGUGCGGAGGCUGCGUGAGUUGCACUUUGUUGUCCUGCAGAAGAAGAAGUGGUACAGCCCACGCGGAUCGGUCGCUAUGGAGAGCAGCUCCCCACCAGCCAGGCAGCGACAGAAGAGAGCAGAACGAGAGAGGAGGCGGACGGACCCGGACCCGAGAGUGCCACAGCGCACACACAACACACACAGGAAUCAUGGAGAAAAGAUCCCCACUCAGGAGGAGUUUACCAUCAAACGGACUGAGACUUUUAACGUCACUUCUCACCUUAUUCGGGCUAACCUGUGUGAGCAGUAACCAGGUGGUGGUUCCUGAGAACGUGAAUGCAGUGCUGGGGAAAAACAUCACACUGGGCUGCAGAAUAGAGGUGGGCUCCAACCUCAGUCUCACACAGAGCUCCUGGGAGCGUCGCCUACCUUCAGGCACCAUUACCCUGGCAGUGUUUAACCCCGAGUUCGGAACCUCCAUCGCUCCAGAGUACGCCAGGCGCGUCUCGUUUGUUUCCCCCUCUGUACGAGAUGCCACCAUCACCAUCGAAGGAGCUGGAUUUUCUGAUGUCGGGUCCUAUAUCUGCAAAGUGGCUACUUUUCCUCUGGGCAACACACAAGCAUCCACCUUUGUUAAUGUAUUAGUGGAGCCAAAGGUCCACGUGUCCGCCGGCCCCACAGCUCUGCUAGAUGGCGGGAACGAGUCGCUGGUGGCCACCUGCAUAGCGGAGCGUGGCCGUCCUGCCGCAGAGGUUUUCUGGGAGACGGAGCUGUACGGGAGAAGUGAGAAGCAGAGUCAGGAUGAGGCCAACGGCACCAGCACCACGCGUGUACGCUACAUGUGGCAGCCACAGAGCUACGCGCAAGGGAAGACGCUCACCUGCGUGGUGCGCCACCCGGCUCUGGUGACGGAGUUUCGCAUACCCUUUUCACUGAAUGUUCAGUUUGCUCCCAUGGUAUCAGUGACAGGAAUAGAGAAAAAUUGGUAUGUGGGUCAAGAGAGUGUGAAGUUCACCUGCGGUGCUAAAUCCAACCCCCCUGUCCGUCACUUCUCAUGGAUCAGGUUGGAUGGAUUGAUGCCUGAGGGUGUUGAAAUCUUAAACAAUACCUUUGCUUUCACUCGCCCGCUGGAGCGCAAUGACUCCGGGGUUUACCGCUGUGAAGUACUCAACGACAUCGGCCUCCGCAGUAAAGACGUGAACCUCUGGGUACAAGAUCCUCCCCCCACCACGGCCGCCCCGAGCACCACCGCAUCCCACCUCCACGACACCUCUGGAGCGGGUACAGCCGUGGACCAGCAAAGAGCCCUCUUCACCUCCCCGACUCUGGCCUCCUUACCCGACAGCAGCCUGGGGACCAUAGUAGGCGGGGCAGUGGGUGGAGUUUUGUUCCUGAUUCUCCUGCUGAUCCUGGGCGGGGCUUGCUUCAUGCGUCAGCGCAGGACCUUCAGAGGUGACUACUAUACCAAACAGUACCUGGGACCCUCUGACAUGCAGAAGGAGUCUCAGCUGGAUGUGCUGCAGCCGCACGAGCUGCAGGAAGUCUACGGCGACAAGACGAGCAAAGGCAGCCAGGAGCUGAAACCCAAACUGGGCGGGGACAUCAUUUACCCUGACUACACCCCUGAGCGGAAGGACAGGGAUGACUGGGCUGACAGGGGGGAUAACCACAGGGGCCUCAAGGAGGGAAACUACUACCCUGAUCACUACAACAACCAAAACAUGCACCCCUGUGGGCCUCCUGUGCACAGCACCAUUGUGACCAACGGCUCCCCCUACCUCCCGGAGGACUCCUAUGACAAUGGCACAGACAGCGACUACGUGUCCCACAUGGAUGGAUCUGUGAUCUCACGCAGGGAGUGGUAUGUUUGAGGAAAAAGCAGACAAAAAGACUGAGAAUAAAUUAAGAAGUAUCAUCCAAGAUCGUGUCAUUUCAGUUAAAGGACGAUCUAUCGGCUCAGUUUCACAGUGAGCUCAUUGAACAGUACUGCUCUGCCUUGAUUGUAACCACUUUACCUUAAGGAUUUGUAUGUGGAUGUGUUACACUUCAGUAGCAUCUUAAGGAGCUACAAACGAGCUGACAAACAUCCCCCCCUGAUGUUAUCUGCGUGGGCUCCAGAGACUCUGAUAACGGUGAAGUUUUGACUGACGUGAAUGAGGUUUUUGUAUUCUGCUUGUUUGUGUUUGCACCUGUCUUCAACACAGGUCAAAGGUCAGGCAUUCAGACCCUUGUUAGUGAAGUAUUUAUACCCCCUGACUGUCUGAGCUUUGCUCUCCAUAAAACCUCACAACUUCUGUGGCAUUUUGAAAAACCCCAAUCUUGAUUGCUUGCAGCGUUUUUACUGCACAGGCGAAACAAUCAUCAUGACAGUCAGUAUUAAUGCAAAUGAUAUUGCAUGAUUUAUUUUUCAAGAAUAAAACGCACCAUCAGGUUAAAGGGAAGGUUUGACCGUUACGUGGUUCAAAGGGAGAAUUACACAAACUGUUACUGAGGAAAGACAGACUGGCGCUUGUGACUUCAUAACACCCCUGUCCUGUAAACCUCUGGGGAGGUUCAUUGGCUGCUUUUGCAAACUUUUAGUAUUUUCUGUAAAUAAAUAAUAAAAUGGCAAACCUGUAACCCGACAGAGAAAAUGACACACAGUUAAAAAAAAAAAAAAGAGGUUGCUUCCUUCUGUGAAAGAGCUCUUACUUUCAGCUUCACUCUGGCUAAUUUAAUUCAAAGAUAUCUCUGUUCUGGAAGUUUUGGUGCAAGUUUAUUUGUUGACACCCUUCGAUAGUCAAGAAACUGCAACUGCUGUUCAUAACUGUAGAAAACACUCCUCCAACAGCUGCUUUGUCAUAAACAAAGAGGAACAGCUGGUGUGUCUGUUUACAGCGCAACCGAACACUCUCACCUUGUUGUUUUUUUUCAGGAUUAUUUUUUGGGCUUUUUGCCUUUAUUAGAUCGGACAGCUUGAGAGAGACAGGACAUGUGGGGGGAGAGAGAGAGAGAUGGGGAUGACGUGCACAUAAUCAUGCUGGGACUGGGAAUCGAUCCUAAGACCGGUGCAAUGAAGCCUGCAGCCUACCGUACAUGGGGCACCUGCUCCACCAAGCUGAGCUUAACCGGCACCCCACCUUGUUUUAAUAAAGACAUCAGUGGAUGAUGGUUUAAAAACACGAUGAGGUUUCAUGCUGUACAUAGCACAAGUAUUUUCUCACUGUGCCGUCUGCAGACCUUCAUCACGCAGCUCACUGCAGCUGCUUCUUUGUCUUCCAUGAAAUGCAAGAGAAUAUUUUGUUUUGUGGACAAACUUUGGAUGAAUUCUCACAGCAGCGGUAGUAGCAGUAAGAUCAAUAACACAGCCAUCAAGUGUCUUGCCGGUUUAUGAUGCACCGUAAACAGUGAGGCUGAUAGCAAUAACAUGAAACUGUGCCAGAUGAUGAGCAGGAAUUUGUUUACUCUCUAUUCCUCAAUCUGAGGAGGUGAUCUGGAUCACGGCUUUAUAUGGCGAGCUCUGAAACUUGUAUGAAAAAUGAACAGAGAGAUAAUUGCUGAAUGGGAAACAUUAACAGCUAUAGCUAUAGAGCAUGAAGAGUGUUAAAAGUGGGCUGUGAAUUUACCUGAUUUCACUGAUUGUAACUAAAAUCAAAUAUAUGAUCAUUACUAGAAAGUGUCAGUCCACUCAGAAGCACAACUCUGUCAUUACAGUUGUCAGCAAACAUCAAACAGAGCCAGGCAGACUUCAGCUUUCUCCACUUAUCCAUGAUAACAGGCUGCAUCGCUGUCUUUUCCACUUUCCCUCCUCCGUAUCCUCUGAUUUCUGUCUGCACGACCAACACCAAUUGGUCAUUACAGCUUUUUAUUUUAAACACAAGAUCAAAGAAAUGUGUUAUAAAUACCAUAUGUGACUAUCUCAGCUGUCAUCAUCUCCAGUUAUGUGGCUUCAUAAACCACCGACCGUUUCACUGACACUCCACAGUCGCGAUCCAUGACUGUAAAUAAGCAAAAUAAACGCUACAGAGGAGGUCAGAAAAGGAGCAAUAAUAAACCGAUCCUUCAGCUUUAGGUUGUGUGUGUGUUUGAAGUGUGAUUGCGCGGAUACCUCACAGCAGAGUUGGAACACAUCGUGAGCAGCUGACAUCACUUCUGAUCACAGAGCCGGCUGUAAUGUUGGGGUUUGGCUCCUCGGCAAGUGUCUCUGAGGAUAUUCAGCGAUCAUGGAAAGUAGAAAUUUAAUCCUUGAGUGAAAAGAACCAGCUAGGUUAAAGCUGUCUGUGGAAUGGCUCCCCAAGGGAUAUGUAUAUUUUUCUCCUUUUUCCUACAAACAACAAAACCCAGUGAUGUUGAGCUGAAACAAAGAGGUGACAUCAUCAGUGAGCUCAUCUCUCACUGCUUGAUUUGACCUUACACUUUUCCACUUAGAGCUCCUUCUUUUUUUGUUUCCUCAGGAAUGAUACAUGAAUUAAAGCGACCUCUGCAAAGCCGCACAUGAAAGGGGAAACAGACCCUUUCUGGAAAGAUCCCUGCUUAGUCAAUCAGGCUGUUUGUUGCUCAGAGACGGAACCAUACAGUAUAUGUGUGUUACAGUCAGAGGGGGUUGGGUAUAUUUUUGAGGUCUUUCUUAUUGGGGUUUUUAUAGAUUCUGGGUGCAUAUUUAUUCCCCCCCCCUCCUUUUUUAACCCUUCUCCGCCCUUCUUUUUCCCAAGCUGGGUCGAAGGUUUGGAAGUCUGAGAAUAAACUGCUUUAAUCCCGCUCUCACUCUCAUCAUCGCACACACACGCACCCGCCCGCCGCACAUCUGCCACUGCAGCCCACAUUCAAGGAGCAGCCCUCACCUCAAGCCUUCAGCUUUUAAUUAACUUUUCAUUUUUUUCCUCUCAUCGCACUUGGCAACUGAAUGGCUCGAGCUCAGUGAUAUAUAGCUUAUCCGUGUCUGCAUGCACACAUUUUUUUCUAAUCAGCUGAUUCAUAGCUGUCAACUUGUUUCUAAUUUGGUAAAGUUGCUGUCUCUGCUCCCAAAAGUAUCUUUCUUCUCUUAAAGCUGUCUUGACAAAACGAGCUGAACUGAUGAAUGUGUUUGUAAAGUUCAGCUUUGGUCACCCACCAACUGUUAUGCAUGUAAAUUAAGUUAUUCGCCACUUUCUACAUUCAUUUUUUUUUCUCAUCACUAAUGUUUAUAUUCAUGUACAUAAUGCUAAUAGGUAGGAUUAGCUUUUUUGGUUUGUAUGUUGGUGUACAGUUUGUUCUGGUCUCCCCUACUGAAUAGUUGGUGCCUUAGAUGGGCUGAAAAAUGCACAGAAACUUUGAGACAACGACAAUUACUGAAAGCAUUAAUAUAAAGGAUUGCAGAGGAGGACUGACUGCUCCGUUUAUAAGUCUUCCAUCUUUAUAUUUAAGAUUUGCUGGUAUCAAAACAUCAAAAUUGACAAGAGGUUAAUUGUCACGCCUUAUGUACUUCGAAAGGACACGUGUAACAAGUUAGUUACUGAGAAAAUUGUUUCACUGGGAUUUUACGCAAAGCCAGAUUCAUAGAAAAUAUUAUUGUCCUGUAAAUAUGCUGGCUGUUUUUUAUUAUUAUUGGGGAAAAAAAUCUUAUUUUUUGUAUGAGGUCUGUAAUUUUCACAGAGUAUUAGUUUUUCUUGCGAGCGUUUGAGCAGCUUUUGUCUCAUGAAAACAAAAAGGAUGAUGCUGUUUUCACUUCAUUGUUAUAUUUGUUCUCGGGAGUUUCUGACCAAUUAUUUUGUAAGUUGUUAUCUGAAUGAUUGAUGUCUCGCAGGAAUCAGACAUGGAAGUGUGACAGAUUGUAUUUUGUUCCUUUUGUUUGCAAUAAAUUACUGUCAUUAUUGCACUCA